UGACAGCAGCCCGCUCAGCCUGAACUGUCCGGCGGCAAAGCAUUCUGGGUCAGUGCGGUGGCAGCCGCCAUGACUUUACUAUAGCCGGACCAGAAAAUGGAUGCUUCCUGCUUCUUAGCUGAAUAAGCAUCUCUAUCACUCAGGAGAUUUGAACUAGCGGCCUCGGAAAGUCUCCUAAAAAGACACGAAUCUGAAUGUAAAUUUUGUGUAAGAAGCUCAGUCUGAUAGAAAACUGUAUGAGCGGCUGUGGCUGCUGAAGUUAGCUAGAGGCUAGCUGGCUAAUGCUAGCAGGCACCGGGCUAGCACAAUAAUAAUAAUACUCAUAAAAAUAAAUGCACUGUCUCUUGCUCAGCUAAAAGACAGCGAUAUAAGUUGGACCAAAGGCUACACCCGAAGGUAUGGCCUGGAUUUGAUUUGGACGGUGCUGGUGAUGGCAGAAGGGACUGACACUGUCGAAAUGCCCUCCUUUGACCCAAGUCCUAGUUCUGAAGCAAAAAAGAGACCUACUUCUUCUGAUGGCAAAGACGAGCCCAUGAGGAAAAUGCCUGUGUCAAAAUUUGGUUCCAGACCUCGGUUUGAGCCUGUUCACUUUGUCAGUGGUGGAAGCAGUGGAGGAACCGGCACUGAUGAGAAGGAGAACGAUAAGGAGCGCAGGAGGAGCGAGUCGUACGGUGUGAGACAGUGGGACUCUGAACACUCCUCCUACAGCAGCACCAGCAGAGCACAGGGCUCCUCCUCCCUGAGGCCCGCUUUUGACAGAGUGCCAUCGUACAGUUCUGACUCUUGGGGUUCUCAUAGAGAUAGAGACCGGGACAGAGACAGAGAGUUUUCUUCGGGUAGUACUAGUGGCUUAGGUUAUGGAGGACGUGGCUCCACUUCAAACUUCAUGGCAAAAACACAGCAGGACUACACAGUCAAGUAUGAAGGCCACACCUCUCGAAGUUCAGACUCUUAUUCUCAGCCUCAUAGGUACAAUGGAUAUGGGGGAGCGAGCAGAUCAGGAGGCUGGGAUUCAGGACGUCAGGGUUUGGGGUACGGUUAUCAGGACCGGCCAUCAUCAAGCAGGCCGUUCAGCAGAGUCUACAACAGCCCGGGCAGGAGCAGUCCUACCACGACUCAGUCGAGCUCUACAUCGCAGCCUCUUCCAAUAUCUCAGUCAACAUUAGAUGAUAAGCAAAGGCUGAUUGCCAAUGUAGCAUCUGCAUUGGCUGUUGCUUUUAGGGACCCUAUGUUUAUGACUGGAAGUGACUCGCCAAACUAUAAUUUCAUGUUGAGCCGCAGCAUUCAGGCCUGCAAGACCAACCCUGAGUAUAUUUACGUCAACCUGAAGGAUAUUCCUCAAGCUGACCUACCGAAGAACAGGAAAGUACCGACAGAUGGUUAUGCCUGUGAACUGAGAUGUCAGGGUGUGUAUCUUGCUACCGGAUACUCUGGCAGUAAAAAUGGAGCAAGGGACAGAGCCUCUGAGCAGGCUGUAAAACUCUUCCUGAAACCAGUCGAAGUUCGUGUCGUGCAGCGCAAAUACAGACACUCAAUAGUCAAUGACAUGGUUGUGUGCCAGAUGCACAGCCCAACCCCGGCUUUUUUACCUGCGCUCCGCAACCCAGAGGAUAAACCGACGCCCAGCUCUAAGGGCCAAUACGAGCCUGACAAACGGAAGCACUGGACAGAGUUUGUGGUUAUGGACAAUGCUCAUGACGCCAUCUGCAUACUCAACAACUCUGCGGCUUUUAAUCGCAUGAAGAUAGACUACAAGUUUGACCUUCUCCCCAACAACAGUGCUUGGUUGUGCAGCGUCUUUCUGCAGGAUGAGUUGGUGGCGCAGUCAACAGGCACUAAAAAGAGCUCAAAGCAUGCGGCGGCUGAAGAGGCGGUGAGAAAACUUCGCAUGAACCAGGCACAACGACAACAGCAGCAGCAGCAACAGCAGCAGCAGCAGCAGCAGCAAUAUCAACAGUCACAAUACUCCAGAGGAAAUAACCAGUCAGAUUCUGGUGGACGCUUUGGGCAACAGAGUGGCAAAAAGAAGCAUUUGAGCGAGUUGGUUAUCUUGGAAAACUCUGACAAUGCUAUCUGUAUCAUUAAUGACACGGCACAAUUUAAUAAAGUGACAGCGGAUUACAAGUUCACCGUUCUGCCUGAUCAUCGCUGGAGGUGUGAAGUUUACUUAGAAGGACAGUAUGUGGCUGCAGGAAUUGGGCCCAAGAAAAUAGUGAAGCACAUUGCAGCAAUGGAGGCUCUGGCCACCUUGAGACAGACGCAGGCUGUGGUCAAAUCCAACCUCAGAAAGGAGGGUCACAGCGAUGCCAUAUCCCGGUCCCAGAUCCUGGCUCGCUCAGGUGAGGAGGCCACAAGACAGGAGAUAAAGGAAGACAAUAUCGGAAACCAGCUGCUCCGCAAGAUGGGCUGGAAGGGCGGCGGUCUGGGCCGAGACGGUGAAGGCAUUGCAGAACCAAUCAGAGUGAAGGAGCAGUUUUCUAGAGAAGGAUUGGGUAUGGACACGGACAAACCUGGAAAUCAGCUCAGCAAGCGUGAUAUUGAGGACAUCAUUCGUAACUACGCCAGUUCAGACCGUCAGGAUGACCUUCGCUUCUCCACUGACCUCACCAACGAUGAACGCAAACAGAUCCAUCAGAUAUCUCAGAAAUACGGUCUGCGAAGCAAGUCAUACGGACAAGGACGGCAACGGUUCCUUGUUGUCAGUCGCAAAGUACACAAAGACCAGCUCAUCGGUCAGCUUUUGCAGGAAGGACAGGUGGGACGAUAUGAGCUCGUGAAACCUCAGGCUUCUCACUAAUUUGCAUGCAAAGCAAAAUGGGACAGAAAGGCAAAAAAAUGUCAUUGGCUUGGACUUCAGAGCAAAUCACAUUCAAGUGUAACUCCUGUUUAUACUUGUGUGUGACAAAUUUACAACACACGUUAACAAAUGAGAAUCUUUCAGGUAUCACCUGUGGUUUCUGCAUUCCUUUGCCAUGAAAUGUACUUUAGCUUUAGCAGGAGCUGUAGGAUAAAUAAUUUAAUGUCUUUUUUUUGUCUCCUGCCAUUCCACGUCCUAUUUGUUUCACAUUUGCACAAGCUUGUGUUCUGUGCUUUGUGGUAUCAUGUCCAGAUGAUGCUCCAGUUAUUUCAUGAAUUGAAAAAAUGACUUAACAAUGUUUUUGUCACCAAAAUUAUUUUUUUGUUUCGUGGCUAUUUAAGGAACCAGGCAGAACAUGCAGCUUUUCACUGCUCGUGAGUGAACACUGUAGACAGUUGACUCAUGAAAGACAAGGAUUAGAGGCAUUUUUAUCAAACUGUAGCUAGGUGCUCAUACCAGUCUCACUGUAGUGAUACAUCUCUAUUCAGAAAUACCUGCAAUGUUGUUUGCUCUUUCAACACCUGGGAUCAUUCUACAAGUACAAGCUGCAUCCAUGACGUGAAAACCUUCACAUGGAAACUGUAAGCUGUGAUCUUUGUUAAAUGUCAGAUGUGUUGGUUUGUGUGAGUACAGUUAACUUGUCUGCUUGUUUUCACAGCUGUAAAAUCUGAAUAAAUUAAAACUGAUCAACAGGCUGAACUUGGUUCAGAUGGAUAUUUUUGUACUGCAAGUUUAAAAAAGAAACAAAGACAAAUGAUGUAUAUUUAUUUUAUUUACAAGAAAAUGUACAGUUUGUUACAUGGGUUACCAGUGCAAAGUUUUAUAAUCUGAAAAGAGACACCAUCCUGUUUAAACAGUACAAUCAGCUCAUUAUGAGAGCUGGUUUGUAAGAUUGUAAAAUAGCAUAAAAAUGUUCUCACACAGCCUUUAAAUGUCAGCAUUAUGAAACUCUGUGCAUGAAACAAAGUUAAGUGCCCAGAAAGGGUACUUAAUGUCUUGUUUCAGUGUUGAAGAGGGACGUACAUGUUCACCAAUAUCUAGAACAUUUUUGAAAUACAAGGCAUGGGUUUACAAGUACAGUUGAGAGAAAGGCAUCUGUUGAGUUGACAACUUGUUAGAGGGAUGGAUGCCAAUGCCAGGUUUAUUUUCAAUCCCACUGAAAGGCUUUCAAAAGGCAGAAAGAAAUAAAACCAAAAGGAGUGAGCCCACUGAAACAGGAGGAAAACACCCAUGAACAGCUUUGUUUUUUUGUUUUUUUUUGUUGUAAAUAUUAACUGUUGUAUCUACACAGCAAACCACGCAGCAAGCACAUCUAAUUAACUGUCACCAAAUCAUCCAGCCAGUUUAAAAAAACAGGUAGAAAAGUGACAACUGAGAGACCGGCCAUUGCCUUUUUUUUUUUAUUUU